AUGGCGCUUUCCUAUGCGUUUCGAGAAAGAUUCGAACAAAUGGAACAUUCUAGAAACCAACGCCUAAUUCUCCUUCAGGCGGAGAAAGAGCUUCAAGCAAACAGAUCUCAGAUUUUGGAAUCGAAGCAGGCUCGUAUUCGAUCCAUGGAACAAAGAUGCUUGUUUCUUGAACAAAAGAUCGCUUCGCAAAACUUUAAAAUCUGUGCUUUCAAAUCUGAAAUUGAAAACCUCGAGGCCAAAUAUAAUUCCAGUUCUCGACAAUUGAAGGUUUUGAAAAGUGAGAUUGAGGAGCUUGAAGAGGUGGAAAAGGAGAAGGACAAGUUUUACAAAUGGAAAAGUUCAGAAAUCAACGAGUUUAGGGAAAAUGCGGAAAAGUUUUUUAUGGAAUCUCGAAUUCGAGUGCAAGAAUUGAGGAGCUAUGCAAAUGAGGUAAAUUUUUUAACUAUUGAGGUUUCUUGUUGAAGAUACAGUUACCUAACUUGAUUUCAUGGAAUUUGUCAAUUUUGACUGAUGUGUUCUUGCAGCUGAAGUCAACUUUCAUGGAACUUCAAGGCAACAACGGGUGUUUGAGAAAUCCUGAGAUAGCUGAGGCAGAGAUGAAAAGGGCUGAACUGUUGGC